AUGAUUGGAAGCAUCGAUUGUAUGCAUUGGGAGUGGAAAAAUUGUCCAAUCGCUUGGGCUGGAGCUUUCUCGGGUCAGAAGGGUAGACCAACUAUUAUUCUAGAAGCAGUGGCAUCUUACGACACACACAUAUGGCACGCUUUCUUCAGAACUCCGGGAGCUCAAAAUGACCUGAACGUUCUUGGUGCGUCUAAUGUGUUCGAGCGGGUCAUAGGUGGAACUGCUCCUAUGGUCCAGUUUGAAGUCAACAACAAAAGGUACACCAAUGGUUACUACCUUGCUGAUGGAAUAUACCUGAGGUGGUCGACUUUUGUUAAAACAAUAUCGAACCCCAGAACAGAUGAAGAUAAACACUUUUCCAAAAAACAAGAGGCUUAUCGAAAAGAUGUGGAGCGGUAUUUUGGAAUUCUCCAAUCUCGAUGGGCUAUGUUGCGUCAUGGUGCUAGGUUGUUUAAACUAGAAGAUCUUCGAUUCAUCAUGAUAAGUUGUAUCAUUUUGCAUAAUAUGAUUGUGCAUGAUGAGUUUGUUGAGGAAGAAUUUGUGGAGUCUGAAGAAGAAGAUCUAAUGAAUCCAUCAAUAGCUACUAUCUACGAUAGACCUGUGGAUCCUGAAACUGGAGAACCCAUUCCUUUCAAACCAGCCGAGACAAAUGGACAAAAUCUUAAGUAG